AUGAAGAGGGUCCAGAGCUCCCCCAAUCUAGCCACAGCGAAUGAUUCUCACUCUUCAGAUUUGGAUUCUUGGCGCUCCAGCAGUGUCACAGAUGGCCUUAGAAAUGGAGACUCAAGCACCUCCUCUCUUGCUGCCAAAGGCUUCCGCAGUGUCAGGCCCAAUCUACAGGACAAAAAUUCACCCUCACAGGGCCCUCCCUCUCCAGACUCCAGUGCACACCACUCCCCCUACCGCUUCCACAGCUAUGAAUCCCUGGACUACCUGUCUGGCAUCUUGCCCAAGGGCCUGUCCCCCACCCCAUAUGUCCCUAGUGGGGGCAGCAGUAUUGUAGAGAUUGUGAGCGGGCCGAGCCUUAGCACCGCUGGCAGUUCCAGCAUCAGUGGCUUUGUAUCCCCCUCCACCUCACCAGUGACAGUGUCCGCGUUGAGCCACUACUCCACCUCUACGGCCGGUCUGCUAGACGAACUGCAGAUUUGUAGUUUGGACUCCCCUGGUGCCUCUCCCACUCCAUCGCCCACCCUGAGCCUCGCCUCCGCCUAUACCUUCACUGGGCCUGACGACGCUCUAACUGCCCCUGUGGCCUCCACCGCUGCUGCCACUGCUGUCACUAAUGGCCAGGUUCUAUCCCAUGCCAUGAACGGCAGCACUGAUCCUCCACAGCGGCCCCUCUCUCCGUUGUCGUACCCCCCUCCUCCAAAGUCUCUUCACAAAGGCAUCCACAGGCAGAGCCGGAGCACAGAAGGGAUUGAAUCUGUGUCUCGAGAAUCCAUAGUCAGCGGUUACACGAGCGUCACCGUGCCCAUUGCCCGCUUCUCAGAAGAAGAAAAGAAAGUAUCAGUCAUUAAAGCCCCUCAUUAUGAAGGCAUUGGACCUGUGGAUGAUACUGGAAUUCCCAUUGCAAUUCGCACAACCGUGGACAGGCCAAAAGAAUGGUACAAAACAAUGUUCAAACAGAUCCACAAAGUUCACAAAGCAGAUGAUGACUAUUCUGAUACAUAUAAUGCGUCAUAUGCAGUUAUAAACAAUGAUGACUACAGUCUAUCCUCAAAUGUCACUUUGGCCCAUCCUCCACCUCAGACUCACACAUACAGACCACUGGCCAAAAGCCCAUCUGAUGACGGCCGCCAUCCAGAGCCCAGGCCUUCACCUGUCCCUCCGCCUCCCCCCGCGGUGCCCUCCAUCCUGCAGCUACGAGCCCGUGACAGUGACCGGGGCAAGGAGAUGUCUGAUAUAAGGAAUGAAUGGGGCCCGCCUGACAGGAAGGUAGACACAAGAAAAUAUCGUGCAGAGCCGAAGAGUAUAUUUGAAUAUGAGCCGGGGAAGUCUUCCAUUUUAGAUCAAGAAAGACCGACGUAUGAUGACAUAGAUUUAGAGAACGAGCCUUGGUAUAAGUUCUUUUCUGAGCUGGAGUUUGGGCGGCCGCCUCCUAAAAAACGACUGGAUUAUAAUCCAGACAUCUCUGCUCGCCAGCGCAUUGAGGCAUCGCUACACAUCCCUUCGUCCGAAAAACCUCUGGAGAGACCGGCAAGUGCGGCCAGUGACUACAGGAAAAGACGAAAGUCGGAGCCCUCAAAUGCUCAUGCUAAUCCAUAUCAGAGCGGAUCUGUGACAUCUGCUAAACCCAUAGAACUUUCCAGACCAAGCAGCAGCUUGAAGAAACCUGUGGUUCGCUCUUCUCCGUCUUCACCCUCCAAAGCCAAAGACCAUGAUGUCUCCAGGAGUUACUCCACUUUGGAUGGGCGGCACACCCCUCAGAGCAGAAGACCCACACCCGACAGAGAGAAACAGCCCGCGAGAGCCAUUUUUGAUUUUAAGGCACAAACAGCCAAGGAGCUGACAUUUAAGAAGGGCGACACAGUGAACGUUAUCAGACAAAUAGACACCAACUGGUUCGAGGGGGAGCACCGUGGACGUAUUGGAAUAUUCCCCAUUUCUUAUGUUGAGAAGAUGCCAUCACAGGAAAAACAUCAGCCCAUGAGACCUCCUCCGCCUGCACACGUCAGAGAGAUCGGAGAAGCCUUCGCCCGCUACAACUUCAAUGCUGAUACAAAUGUGGAGCUUUCGCUAAGGAAGGGAGAGCGAGUAAUUGUGGUUCGUCAAGUCGAUCAGAACUGGUACGAAGGCAAAAUCCCAGGCACUACAAAACAGGGCAUCUUUCCUGUAUCAUAUGUAGACCUGGUCAAACGCUCUCCCUCAAAAAGUUCGACCCACCACCCUGACCCACAUGUGUAUCCGGGCAGCCGGACGGCCAGCUCCACUCCCACCAAGCCAUUCUACCACUUCCCUCCUCCCCCCUGGGCGCACGUGCAGCCCUCUCCUCAGCCUGCCCCAAGAGCACCCGUGCUGCAGGCCAUCACUGACGAGUGGCUGUCCCUCACUCUGGACCCCAGUGGGCAUUCCCUCUGCUCUACGCCUGCCCCUCCAACCCCUCCCCCUCUGCCCCCCGACUUCACUCCAAGACCCCCGAGAGCCACCGCACCCUUGCCGGCUUUCUCGUCGUAUCGAGACUUCACCUCCCCCCCGCCAACUCUGAGCAGAACACCAAUCACAGCAACACGCUAUACUCCCUUUUCUCCCCCACCCUCCCCUCACCAUCUCACCUACACCCCCCCUGUUUCCACCCCCACACGCCCAUGUAGUCACAACCACACUUCUCAAAAUACAGGAAGUCCAAGUCAACCAAGAACACACACCGCUGAAGUUGUAAAAACAAGUCCAGUUCCACAGAGGCAAAACAUUUCCAGAGACGAUACACCUGUGAUUGUAAAAGCACAAAUAAAAGAACCGUUAGACAUUAAAAUGGAAGUCUGUGAAAUGAAGCUUCAAGUCAAAGACCCUUACGAUGACCUGCUCUCCAUGAUCUUACGCGGGUCAAAUUGCUCUGAGGAUGUUGGCGACUUGACGUCUCCAAACCCGCAGGCCCAGAGUGGGUUCACAUCCCCGCGCUCAAAAGAGGUGCGCCCAGGUAGUGGGCUGUCUGGUAGGAUCUGUUUGGAGCUCCACUCGCCUGUGACAGUCGAGCCCCUGUCGCCUCUGUGGGACAGACAUGCAGACGUGUCCCCAGUCCAGUCGCACAGCCCAUCAUCCCCAGGGGAAAGGGUCCUCACAGAGUUGUUCAUAGAGGAAGAGGAGGAGGAGGAGGAGGAGGAGGAGCUUAGAGGGUUCAAUCAGAGACUUAGUCCACAGGCAGAUGUCCGCGUCCGCGCCCCCUCCCCAAUUUCACCACUCCCUCACCCACUCAGGAGAGGCCCUACUUCCCGUUCCCCUGUGUGCUCUCCUCCACUGUCGCCUCAGACGUUCUCACUAAGCCCCUCCCCUCCGACCUCCCCACGGCCGCCCAGCUUGCCCCUGCUCUCCCUGUCCCCCCUGCCCAUGCUGUCCCCGUGCCUCUUUCCCUCUCCCCCUGUGUCCCCGCCCCUGCAGCGCUCAUCAUCCCAGCUGCCCCCCUCGCCCUGUCACUUCUGUCCAGUGCAGGCUUGUUCUGUGACUGGAUCACCUGCCCCCAUGCAUGCGCCAUCCCCACCCCUGCCCCCCUCUUCUCCCCGCUGUCCUCCCACUCCCCCCACAGCGCCUCACGUGGGCCGUAGGUCUCCCAUGGUCAAGGAUGUACUGAUUGGUGGUAAACCCCCUCGUAGUCCCAUCUUGUCCCGGAGGUCCUACAUGUCUUCUGGUAGAGGUCGGAGGCGCCUGGUGCAAGAUGCGCUCCAUGGAGGAGGCGACCCGUUCCAGGCCCUGUACAACUACCUGCCCCGCAACGAGGAUGAGCUGGAGCUGCGAGAGGGAGACAUCGUGGACGUGAUGGAGAAGUGUGACGAUGGAUGGUUUGUAGGGACAUCCCGAAGGAGCAAGUUGUUUGGAACCUUCCCAGGGAACUACGUCAAGCAGCUAUAA